AUGGAACAAGACGACUUCGACUCCGUCAGCUGGAAGCAUCCGGACAGCGACCAGUCACGGCCUACGACCUCAGGCACCGAUGCGGAAGACCAGCAUACAUUUGAUCACGAUGUCAAUGGCAAGCGGAGAAUGAGCUCCGACUACGAAGCCCCGGCCGGGCCGCUGGCUGACACGGCCGACUUGGGGGAGCUUGAGUGCGACGUGUCAUCGCCACACAAGGAGGGUUCGGGGAAAGAUGCAUAUAUUUCAUAUCUGGUUACAACACAUACCGACUUCAAAUCAUUUCAGAAGCCCGAGGUCCAAGUACGUCGGCGGUUUACGGAUUUCUACUUCCUAUACAAGACGCUGUAUCGCGAAUACCCGGCAUGCGCGGUGCCUCCGCUGCCAGAUAAGCACAAGAUGGAGUACGUGCGCGGGGACCGGUUCGGGACGGAGUUUACAUCGAGACGAGCGUGGUCGCUGCACCGGUUUUUGAAGCGCCUGACCCUGCAUCCGGUGCUCCGGCGGGCACCCCUGCUCACUAUCUUCCUGGAGUCGCAGGACUGGAACGCGCAUAUGCGACUGCACUCGACGCGGACGUCGACGAGCACGGGCUCCGACAGCGGGAAUGCGGGGAUAUUCGAUAACUUUACGGACACUUUCGUCAACGCGUUUACUAAGGUGCAUAAACCGGAUCGCCGGUUCAUCGAGGUGCGGGAAAAGGCAGACAAGUUGGAUGAGGAUCUCUCGCAUGUGGAGAAGACUGUGGCGCGGGUCGCUCGGCGCGAGGCUGACUUGGAGACGGACUACACAGAGCUGGCCACGCAGUUCCGGAAGCUCGUCCCACUGGAACCGGCUGUGGAGAUGCCACUGCAUGUUUUUGCCGCGUCGGUGGAGGAGACGGCGCGUGGGAUGACCGGACUGAAGAACCACACGGACCAGAACUACCUAGGCUCGCUGCGGGACAUGGAGGCCUACAUCAUGUCACUGAAGAACCUCUUGAAAACCCGGGAGCAGAAGCAACUGGACUUUGAAGCUCUAGUCGACUACCGCAACAAGGCCGUUGCCGAGCGCGACACGCUCGCAUCUAACCCGGCUGCGUAUUAUGCCACCAACCCACUGACUUCAUCCCCGGCAUCUUUCAUCCGCUCCAAGAUGGAGGACAUGCGCGGCGUGGAUCACGAGCAAUCCCGCCGUGAGCGGGUGCGCAAGCUCGAGCUGCGCAUCGACGAACUUACCCGCGAGGUCGAGUCUGCCAAGACCACCUCGGAGAUGUUCGACGAGGAGGUCGUUCGUGAAGUGGCGGAUUUCGAGCGUAUCAAAGCGGUCGAGUUCCGAGAUUCCCUUGGCAGCUUCGCCGAGUCGCACAUCGAGUUCUACCAGGGUGUGCUGUCCACGUGGGAGCGGUUUAUCGCGGAGAUGGAGAGCGAGCCCGACAUGGGGCUGGAAGAGUCGAACCAAUAA